AUGACUGCUGAUGUAGGAGCGAACCUUCACGGACUUUUGCCACGGGUUAGAAAAUGUGCAGACGGUAGCUACUGCUGCGACUCGGAUGCUUCAUGCUGUGAAAGGGGAAGAGGAACCUUUUUAGAUAACAAAGGGAAUAUCCUGAGUGCUUCUAGAUCUCAAAGCGCCACACCUACCAACACGAUAGCCGCACCAACAGACUCAUCAUCUCCCGCAAACCUCACGUCGGCACCGACAACAACGCCACAAUCGACACAAUCUUUGGGGUCUUCACCGCGUCCAUCCUCCAACCCGGAUUCAAAUGGUUUGCCAGCCGCAUUAAAAGCUGGUAUUGGCGUUGCCGUUGGUUUCAGUAUACUGUCUUGCGUGAUUCUGCUUGCCAUAUGCGUUCGAAAGCGACGCCAUAAUAAAGAGGCAGUAACACCAAAAGAAGAUCCCGGCAGCCUUCCCCCCACGGAGGUGGCUUGGCCAUCAACGGGAGAAAUGUACAUGCCACCUCCCCCCCAAGAGAUGGCACACUCUCCACGACCCCGACAUUUUGAGCUGGCGCACCGGUCAGUGCGCCUAGAGCUAGCGGGGGACAUGCCCCCUAAUUUUGAACCCUACAAAUCUGAAUAUAUCCCUGAUAUAAAGAAAAUGGGGUCCAGUACGAUCUAA